GCUCGUAAAAGUGUAAAACCCAAUUUCGCGAGAAGUGGAAAAUUUCCCCACACCGCUUUCGCUCGACGAGCCGCAGCCGCCGCCGCCGCCAUGGCGUCCGCCGAAACCCUAGCCCGCUCCCCGUCGCGGGAGCCGUCCUCCGACCCGCCCCGCGACGCCUCCUCCUCCGAGCCCCCGCGGGAGUCCUCCUCCGAGCCGCACCACAACGGGGACGCGGGGCGCAACUCGUCCUCCUCGCGCCGCCGCCGGCGCAGCCGGUGGGAGCAGUCGAACGACGAGUCGGCCGCGAACUCCGGCGGGGAAGGGGGCGGCGGCGCGGGGGCGCGGAAGCGCAAGUCGAGGUGGGCCGAGGAGGAGCCCCGCCCCAUCAUCGCGCUCCCGGACUUCAUGAAGGACUUCGCCGCCGAUCUGGAUCCGGAGGUGCACAACCUCAACGCGCGCCUCCUCGAGAUCUCGCGCCUGCUGCAGUCGGGGCUCCCUCUCGACGACCGCCCCGAGGGCGCGCGCUCGCCCUCGCCGGAACCCAUCUACGACAACCUCGGCAUCCGCAUCAACACCCGCGAGUACCGCGCCAGGGAGCGCCUCAACCGGGAGAGGCAGGAGAUCAUCUCCCAGCUCAUCCGCCGCAACCCCGCCUUCAAGCCCCCCGCCGAUUACCGCCCGCCCAAGCUUCAGAAGAAGCUCUAUAUCCCCAUGAAGGAGUUCCCCGGGUACAACUUUAUCGGGCUCAUCAUCGGCCCCCGUGGCAACACGCAGAAGCGGAUGGAGAAGGAGACAGGAGCCAAGAUUGUAAUCCGAGGGAAGGGCAGUGUCAAGGAAGGGAAGCUACUGCAGAAGAGGGAUAUGAAGCCGGAUCCCAGCGAGAACGAGGACCUCCACGUGCUUGUCGAGGCUGAGACGCAGGAGGCGUUGGAUGCCGCGGCUGGCAUGGUGGAGAAGCUACUUACCCCGGUGGAUGAGGUUCUGAACGAGCACAAGCGGCAGCAGCUGCGUGAGCUCGCGGCGCUGAACGGAACAAUUAGGGAUGAUGAAUUUUGUAGGACAUGUGGGGAGCCAGGUCACCGGCAGUAUGCUUGCCCUAACAAGACUUCGACGUUUAAGAGUGAGGUACAGUGCAAGGUCUGCGGGGAUGGUGGCCACCCAACAAUUGAUUGUCCAGUCAGGGGCACUACUGGGAAGAAGAUGGAUGAUGAGUAUCAGAACUUCCUUAAUGAGCUUGGUGGGAGCGCACCUGAGUCAGUGACAAAGUCUAGUGGUCCGAUGUUGGCUCUUACAGGGAGUGGUGGGAGUGGUGGCAGCAGCGGCGCUGGUGCUGCUAGUGGUAGUAACCCGCCAUGGGCUGCAGGUGGUGGUGCUGCCGCCGCAGGACCAAAUGGGAUCAAGGAGUAUGAUGAGGCCAAUCUGUACAUUGGCUACUUGCCACCCACGCUGGAUGAUUCAGGGCUGAUAGGUUUGUUUUCACAAUUUGGAGAGAUUGUCAUGGCGAAGGUUAUCAAAGAUCGCAUCACUGGGCAGAGCAAAGGAUAUGGUUUUGUGAAGUAUUCGGAUGUCUCGCAGGCUAAUGCAGCAAUAGCUGCGAUGAAUGGUUACCAUCUUGAAGGGAGAGUGAUCGCAGUUAGAGUUGCAGGAAAGCCGCCGCAGCCAGCUGCGCCUCCUGGCCCACCAGCCAUGCGAGCACCACCAACAUAUCCUCCUGCAGACCCUGCUGCUGGUGGCUACACCUCACAGCCUUACAUGGGGGCACCACCACCACCACCUCCAGGGAGCUAUGCUCCAGUUCCUUGGGGGCAACCGCCACCAUAUGCUUCAUACCCUCCACCGCCACCAGGUUCUAGCAUGUACAAUCCUCCACCUCCUGCACCAGGCCAAGCUACACCACCCCUGUAUAAUGUGCAAUAUCCACCACCACCAGCUCCAAUCCCUCCACCGGGCACUUCUCCGUCCACUGAUGGGGCGCAGAACUACCCUCCUGGUGUAACACCACCAAGUUCUGGUGCUCCUACUCAGCCUGUCCCAGCUCCAGUAUAUGGAACCUCUGGUGCACCAAAUGCACCACCUAUGUACCCUCCACCUCCUUAUGGUUACGCUUCAUAUUAUCCAUCAGUAACACCUGUUCAGGCACCACCACCUCCACCACCUGCUGGCGCCGAUCCCUCUCAGAGCAUCGCAAAUGCACCCUGGGCAACUCACAGUGCACCACCUCCACCCCCAGCUGGUGCCGAUCCCUCUCAGAGCAUCGCAAAUGCACCCUGGGCAGCUCACAGUGCACCACCUCCACCACCAGCUGGUGCUGAUCACUCACAGAGCAUUGCAAGUGCACCUUGGGCCACUCACAAUGCGCCACCUCCACCACCACCUUCCAACAUGGAGCAACCUCCUGCUACCUAUGGUGCUGAUGCAGAGUACGAUAAGUUUAUGUCAGAGAUGAAGUGAUGUGAGCCAAGCUGAAGCAAUUCUUCCAGCAGUGAAAAAAAGUCAAUUUGACAAUAAGUGCAGAUGGGGUAGGAUCCAUCAGUGGCAGGUUACUUUUAGGUACUGCCAAAAUUAUACCCUCUGAAGAGCUCGUAGAUACAACUGGUGCAGGCGAUGCAUUUAUUGGAGCAAUUCUCUAUGGUCAGUAUGUAAUUUCCAAUUUUUUCAUGCUAAAAAACUGGUGCUUUUAUGCUACCUAACCAUAGCUUUUGUUAGUGGACCAAGUAAAUUUUGUUCUGUGAUAUGAGUUGUGUUAAACAGAGCAGUGGUAUGUUUCAUCUGUCAUUGAAAAGUUAUCUACCGAAGUUGUUGCUGGUCUGAUUACAUAACAUUCUAUAGCAGCAAAACAGGUGCAGUCUCAGCAUGCAGCAUUUAUAUGGAGCACAUCUGGUAGUGGUCUUUGGGUUGGAUUACCCCCAUGAAAAUCACGUUGCAGUUUGAAAUGUAAAUGUUGAUUCUCUUUUGUGGAUUCUGACCGCUUUAAUA